CAGUUUUAUUUCAAACGAAGAAAAAUAAAUAAAUAAAAAAACAGCAACACGCAAAUUGAACUCUGCAAGAAGAUCGACGCAACCAAUACGUGAGACCAGAAACAGAGUCAACAUGAUACCGCGAGUGAAUCACUGGAUGCCACCGCAGUUCUUCGGUGCGUACGCGCCGUUUCCACGCUCCGCGUGGAUUAACCCGAAAGCGCCUAUGGACAGCUUUGACCGCGUUUGCAAGAACAUCUGGAGCAAAGCAAAGGAGGCCGCGGAAGAACUUGGCACAGGUCAAAGUUCACCGAACGGAGUUGACAUGAAAACCUGCAUCGUUUCGGACAACGAGCCGAGUCUCAGGGCCAAGGAGAGGCAGAAAGAUACAGCUGAUCUGGGCGUGAGCACGCAGCAUGGGGAGGACAAGAACCAAUACCACGCUAACUUCACCCUUCCUGACCCUCAGCUCCGGGGUCCCAGGAAUCACCAUAUUGCCAAGCCUGCACAGGUCGUGGGACCUGACAUGGAGUCGGAGAUGAAACUAAAUAAGGAAGAGGCGGAGAGGAAAAGAGAGAUGGAGAAAGGUGGGAGGACUGUAGGAGAUUCCCACAACAUUCCGGACUCCGGCAGAAAAGACAAACAAAGCUCUGUAUCUCAACCUCUGGUAGCAGAUCUGACCUGCUCUGCCUCAAAAGGCGUAACACAACAUCUGCCAGACGAUCAGUCUUCUCUGCUGCCUCCUAAACUACCAAACAAUAUAUGUGAAAGUGAGGAUGAGCCUACAAAAAGCAGCUCAGACAAAGAUGUGAGUGAUAACGAUGAUGACUUUGUCCCUCUACCUGGGGUAAGAAGUUGUGCCACUAGCAGUGGGGACGAAUCAGAGGGUGGCACAACUGAGGUGGAGAAAAAUGAAAUUUCUCGUCCAACUACAGUAUUAUGUUCUGAUGGCGAGCGGGAACCCUCGCUAAGAAAAAAGAAAGACCCUCCGACACAAACUACCAUCAAGGCCGGACCUCCGUCGUGCCCCACUGAGCCUUCAGCCACAGGGAAGUCGCAUGGCCAGUGGGAGAUUCCCCUUUCAAGCCACCCACAUGACGUUCCGACUGCCACUUUGGCAAGUGGCGUGAGUGCCCUUGUGCAGGCUCCCGUCCAAGGCAAAGCAGAAGCACCUCAGGCACACUCAACAACCUACCCACCACCAGUAAUCCCAGAGCAGCAGAAGGCGUAUGACCUACUGGCUGACUUCCCGGCUCUGCAGCCCCCAAAGAAGCCUUUAGCGCUGGGUGUGUUGUGUCAUGGGAAUCCCGAGACCAUAGAUGCAGAGGGGAAAAGGGGAACAGAUCGCCAAGACAGAAGGGUUUCCUGGGAGAGGAGAGAGGAAAAUAUGCCCCUCGAGGUCUCCUCCAUCUGUGCAGGAGAUCAGAAAUCUGUGCUGGACCUUCAAACAUUUGGCUCAGUCGGCCAGCUCAACCCUCCCACUGUCAACCGUGAGGAGCUGAAGGCCAACAACCAGCCGCCUCCUAGAGUUGCAGGUACAGAUGGCACAGGUGUUGGUGCCAGGUCCUGGGCUAGAGUUGCCAAGGCAGGCAUGAAGCAAGCAGCUGCCCCGCAGGAGAAAGCCAGACCUUGUGCCUUUCAGCAGAUAGUUACCAUUAACAGAGCCAAAGGGUACACCGCCGCUCAGAGGUUUGCCUCCAGAGCGACUGCUCCUCAUCAGGGAGCCAAUCAGAGGAUGACUGCCGCUUAUCAUCGAGGCCGCCAACCCCGCAACUUCAACCGCUUCGCUCGACCUGGAUUCCCCCUGGAGCAUUUUAUUUCUAAAUCCUCUACAAAUGCAAAUAAAUAG